GUGUGACAGAGUGUGUGUGCUAGAGUGUUUAAUAGAAGAUGGCCGGGGGUCUAGUUCGAGGCAAGCUGAUAGCGGUUAUCGGGGACAAGGACACCGUCACCAGCUUCUUACUCGGUGGAAUCGGGGAGCUGAACAAGAACCGGAAACCCAAUUUUUUGGUGGUGGAGAAGGAGACGAGCGUAACCGAGAUCGAAGAGACGUUUAGAAGUUUUCUAAAUCGUAAUGAUAUAGGCAUUAUUUUGAUCAACCAGUUCAUUGCCGAGAUGAUCCGUCAUGUAAUUGACACGCACACCAUCUCCAUCCCUGCAGUACUUGAGAUUCCUUCAAAAGAAUAUCCGUAUGAUGCAACCAAGGACUCUAUACUGCGCAGAGCCAAGGGAAUGUUUACAAUGGAGGAUUUGCGGUAAUUCGGAAAACAUUUUGGCAAACGCAGGGAUCUGCCCUACAUCAGGUCCUGCUGAGAGGCUCGAUUCCUUCUGUUGGUCAUAGCCAGUAACCCUUUUCUCAAUUAAUGCUGCCUGUGUGUGGCAUUAAUUAGUUGUUAAAUGUUGAUUAUGAAAUUAAAAUUGUGUUUCCUUGCUGUGUGUUAUCUCCUCAACUGCAAAUGUUAAAUCUUUGCCCCCAAAGUCUGUAUUGCCUAGAAAUGUCUCCAUAUUGCUUAUGCUUAGAAAUAUACUUUUUAAUAGACUA